CGCCCUGCCUCCCAGUCGAUAGUAAGCCCACGGCCGGAAGAGACGCUGGUGCUUCUCAGGCCCGCCCGCGUGUGUGUGUGUGUGUCAGACGGUGCUAGCAGGAUAGUUCGUAAAGGCUGGUACUCGCUGCAGGACCCAAGUGGUACGUCGCCUGAGCGAGCUGUGGGUGCUCCCGUGUGGUGUGCGGCUGUGGCGGUGCUGGCUGUGGUCCCUGGUGGUGUGGAGCUGUGGGGGCGGCACGGGCAGGAUCCACACACCCUCGCUGUAAUUCCGUUCAAAAGGCACCAAACUGCAGUAAAGUGGCGUUGGGUGGGCGAGGCUUUGGGCCCGGGGAAGUAACCAUCAUGGUGAUGUGUGUCGUGCGGCGAUGAUGCCCCCUGAUGACUUCUCUCGUGUCAGGCGCGUGGCUCAGCCCCCGGGGGACCCCAGCAGUAGUGGCAGCAGCAUCAGUAGCAUCAGUAACGACCACUGCGACGACUAUGGGCCGACUCUUAGCCCUCAUCUUCCCGUUCUCUUGGGGCAGCAGCUCUCCGUCGUCCGCCGCGGCGGUGCUGUCCCCGUUGGCGUGCCUGGUGCUGGCGCUGCUGGUGCUGCCCGCCCCGGCGCGCGCCACGUCCUCCGCCGCUUCAGGCUACAGUGGAUCUCAACGAGACGAUAAUCCAGAUUUCUACGAGGAUUACAUGAGCGAUGAGAGUAACGCUUAUCUCAAUGGCGAAGUACGGCGGCUGUUGAACGAGCACGUGGAGAACAGCCAAUUCGUACAGUCCCUCGAGUCUCAGUUCUACCAAAUCACGUACCCGGUGCAGCUGCAGCGCCACGGGAAGUCACAGGGCAUCUCCACCCGCGACGCCAGCAAGAUCACGGAGGAGCAGGCGCAGGUGCAAAACGAUAGAAAGAGCAACCACGUGCACAGGACGUCUUACAGAAUAAAGGCCUUCAGUCACGUGUUCACCGUCGACCUUGAGCUCAACCAACAACUGGUCUCCCCGAACCUGGUGGCGCAUCACCGUACGCGAGACGGGAGCAGCAACGUCGACCAGCAUAUCGAGCACUGCUACUACCACGGCACCGUCAAGGACUACUCCGGUGCCAUCGCGGCCUUCAGAACAUGCAACGGACUGGCCGGCAUCAUUCAGCUGGGCAACGAGACCCUGAUCGUCUCCCCCAUGGCUGGAGGCGAGAAGCUGCCCAAGCAUCCCCACUUCGUCAUCGAAUCGAAGAACUCCCACAUCCGGCAGAAGUGCGGCUACCAUUCCGGCUACGAGUGGGGCAUGUGGGAGAGGAACUACAACCGGCAGAACCACGGCCGGAAGAAGAAGCAGGUUCGGCACCGCUACGCCCGCGAUGUCCGUUCCACGCCCAAGUUCAUCGAGACGGCGCUCUUCCUCGAUAAGAAAUUCAUGGAAGACCGGAAUUAUUCUCGCGUGAGAGCCCUCAACGACGCCCUUCAGAUUGCAAACAUCGCGGACCUGCUCACAUCACCAUAUUCCAGCACCAUCGGCGUCACUGUAACCUACCUACGGAUUUUAUUACCAUAUUCUUAA